UUUGUCAUACCAAAGUAGUAGAAGAGUGAAGUUCACUUAAGCUAGCAGAGUGAGAAAUCAAUUAAUAUAUCAUUAAGCUAGCUAGUGAUGGAGGCUUCCAAGAAGAUGGUUGUGAUUAUGGGGAUGUUAUUGUUGGCUACUGCCAUGUUGGCCAAUGUCCAGUCCCUGUGUAACAUGUCCAAUGAUGGGCUGAAGUCAUGCCUGCCUGCUGUUAGUGGUGAGAACCCUGCUGAUCCAACCCUUGCUUGCUGCUCUGCCAUUGCCAAUGCUGACCUUCCAUGCUUGUGUCAUUACAAGAGUUCUGGCUUGUUGUCUUUCUAUGGUGUUGAUCCUGAUGAAGCCAUGGAUCUCCCUGUUAAGUGCAAGCUCAUGAAAUCCUUCAAGUGCAACUAGUACCUCAUCUGUGGGUGCAUGGAAGCAUAAAUGCAAGGGCAAAUGAUUAGUUAUAUGUGUACUGAUUAUUUUGCUCUUGUUUUUCCCUGUUUCUCUGUUUCUUUAUUAUUCAACUUGUUUGUUGUUUGUUGCUAAUGUGAUGGUUCACGCCUCAUGGUUUGUGAUUUGUUUGUUUUAGUGUUUAUUUGGUUUGUCAAGUCCUGUCUUCAUGUAAAUCGUAUGUAUUCUGGUUUGCCGUGAAUGUUCUUCUCAAUUUAUCUUUCUUUGAAAUAGAAAUUCUCUUCAUCA